AUGCAAGUGGUUGUGAAUCAACCUCCGGACCUUUUUAAUACGACAAUGAGAGCAAGGUUCGCAAAAAUGAUGGCGGAUUUUGAAAACACCAAGUAUACAAUGAACCACAACGCAACGAUGAUUUGGUUGGAUGCCUCUUCCGAGUGGUAUCAUCGAUGCCGUGACUGGCUGUUGGUAGCCGGUGGUCGACGGCUCUGGGAAAAGGACAUGGUAUGGGGACAAAGUGAAGAGGUCCCUUCUUUCAGUCGAUUUUUUCUAAUUCAGAACUAUAAUGAUUUCUACACUCUAAAGCGUUUCCGAUUUCCAUCGCUACCGCAAUAUUACCGCACACCAACAGAUCACACCAACAGCUGUAAGCUCAUGCGUGAAAUCGCUUCCAGAUACACCGAUUUCAACGUCACUACCUUCCACGAGUACUAUCCUUUUGCCGACCAGGUUGGUUUUCCUCUCAAUACUGUUUGA